AAUGAAAUCAGAAAAGGAGAAAAAGAGACAACAUGAAUGCACUAUAUGUAAAAAAAAAUUUUUAAGGAAAUACCACUUGGAAAAUCACAUGAGGGUUCAUACUCGUGAGAAACCUUUUGUAUGCGAUAUUUGCGGAAAAGGAUUCGCCCAGGCUGGAAAUUUAAUAAAUCACAAAAAAUCACAUUCGGAAGAACGUCCAUUCAAAUGCGCCUACAAAGACUGCGGACACGCGACAAAAACGAAACAUAAUUUGAUAAAACAUAUCAAUCGAUUGCAUCCACAUGCAAACGCUUCUGAAAUAAUGAUUAUUCCACCAAAAAAAUCGAAAAAAGAUCAUAAAUGUAAUCUAUGCAAUAAAAGUUUUCGGUGGUUAUCCGCUUUAACAAUACACCUGACAUCUCAUGACAAAAAUCGACCGUUUUCGUGUGAUAUUUGUAGGAAAACUUUCAAAUAUAAAUUUGAUUUAAAUACACACAUGAAGAAAGUACAUCCACUGGAACAAACAGAAUCUUUUUCCAAACAACGUACAGAAGUAGAUGUAUCGAAGAGCGUUGAUUCCUCAGAUGAAGUAAGGACUUCUAGUGAAACAUUGGCCGGUGAAGGAACAGCUGAUAAAGAUGUAUUAAGCGCUGCCGAAAUUCUUCUGCAGAUGAGUAGAAGGAGAUUGGAGACAGACCUAAAGAAUACUUCGGAUUCGGAGAAACCAUCUACUUCAAAACAAUUCAUAAACAUUGAAUAACCAAGAUUGAAUACUUUAAUUCUUAAAAAGGUUCCUUCACCUGAUUCAAAUUCAAAACUUUGUUUCUUUAGAAGUAAACGAAAUGGUUUCUUCAAAAUGUAACAUUUAAUUAACAUGAUUUGAAAUUUGAAAUUUGUAGAAUAUUCUGACAAACAAUCGUAUUAAAAAUCAUAAUGAAAUGUAACAGAUUGUGAUUUUUAAGGAAAAUUUAUCAAACAUUCAAGUAAUUAUUGCUUUAAGGAAUUCGGUCAUGUUAAGGACUUCCUGAAAUCUAUUUGUAAAAUCUAGUUUAAGUGCUUACAAAUGCUGGUAAAAUAUCAAAAUGUCAAUAAAUUGAACAUCAAACUGACAGAAUGUCAAUAAAUUAAAUAUCAGAAUGUCCUCAUAAUUUGUUUGAACAGGAAGAUUUGGAAACUAAUACACUUUUCUUUAUCACAAAUUUUAUUUGUACAAGGCAAGUUUUGUCACGAACACAGAAAUUGUUGCCUUUGCUUUGAUCAAA